AUUUGAUUGAAUAGAGCAUUCAAUACACUUUUAUAGUGAAGAUUAUUAUUUUAUUCACAUUUUAGAUUGAAAUCAUAUUAUUUACUUAGUAAAGUUUGGAUAAAAUUUAAUACAUAAAUUAAAAAAAGGGUUCUAGGAUGUCGAUAAUUAAUAUUUCGAAAGAAGAAGAAUUCAAUAAUAUUAUAAAAGAUAUAAAACCUUCCUGCAUACUUUUUUCGGCUGAUUGGGCUGAGCAAUGUCAUCAGAUUCUUGAAGUUUUUAGUGAAUUAUCAACCAAACACAAAGGAAUAAAUUUUGUUAAUAUUGUCGCAGAAGACUUUUCUAAUAUAGCUUUAAAAAAUCAGAUUGAAGCAGUUCCAACUGUACUUUUCUUUCAAAACGGAAAAACAAUUGACAGAAUUGACGGACUUGACGUACAUACAUUAAUAGUUAAAUGCAAAAAUUUGGUUGGCGAAAGCAAAGAAUCGUUAGAAGAUCGUCUUAAAAAUUUAAUUAAUAGAGCUAAAGUGAUGGUAUUUAUGAAAGGUGCAAAAGAUGCUCCACGAUGUGGAUUUUCAAAGCAACUUAUGACAAUAUUAAAUGACACAGGGGUUGCUUUUGAAACAUUCGACAUUUUAUCAGACGAAGAUGUGCGCCAAGGGCUCAAGAUUUAUUCAGAUUGGCCAACAUAUCCGCAAGUUUAUGUAAAAGGAGAGUUAAUUGGAGGAUUAGAUAUAGUUAAAGAGCUUGUGUCAUCCGGUGAAUUACUAACAACUUUACAAGGAUAAAGAAAUAUAAAAUGUACUUUAAGGUUAAAUAGACCAGUAGAAUAAACUUUCUUUUUUAAAUAAAAAUAAAUAAAAAUAAUAAGAUAGAUGA